AUGUCUGGCACUGUCGGCGUUCAUCCUGUCCAGGGAUCCUUCUAUAUCUAUGCACCGGUGAAGGGAGUUUCCAUCGUCUUUGCCAUCUUCUUUCUGGUCUCUGGCAUCGCCCAUAUAUAUCAGAACAACAUCCAGCGUCGAUCGUGGAGAAUUGGCUUCCUCCUCCCUUGGGCCGCACUGCUCUUCACGGCAGGCUUCUCACUCCGAGAAUACGGCGCCUACCAUUACGACAAGCUCCCCGAAUUCAUCGCAUCUACCGUGUUACUAUUUGUCGCCCCUCCGGUCUAUCAAGGUGCCAACUACUUCAUUUUUGGCCGAGCACUGUACUAUCUGCCCUACCUCUCAAUCAUACAUCCAGGCCGUGUAUGGACUACCUUUGUUGUCCUCGACUCCAUUGAUGGCGCGCUGGCUGGGAACGGCGCAGCUCUCGCCGCCAAUCAGGACAACUCACCAUCCAAGAUCCGCCUGGGCUUUACCCUCGUCAAAGUCUCCCUGUUCCUUCUCCUCGGCAUGUUCUGCGCCUUUCUCGCGCUUGUGAUCAGCUUCCACAGAAGAGCUGUAGCGGCUGGUGUAUUCAACUACAAGAUGAAAGUCAUCAUAUACGAGAUGUACAUCUCAUCGUUCCUCAUCUGCAUCCGGAACUGCUUCCGCGCCGCGGCGGCUUUCUACUCCUGGAACUCGAUUGCUAACGGCAAGGAGUGGCCCUUCUGGGUUUUCGAGGCUCUACCGAUGCUAGCGAACACCGUCAUGCUCAACAUCUACCCGCCUGCGAAAUACUUGCCGGCUGAUCAUAAGGUCUACCUUGCGGUCGAUGGGACGACGGAGCUCCAUGGACCUGGAAUGGUCGAUAAGAGACCGUUUCUGGUCACUCUAUUCGAUCCUUUCGAUCUCGUGGGUUUGUUGAAGGGGUCAGAUAACAAGAAUCGCUUUUGGGAGAAGGAUGGGAUAGGCGGACCCAAAGACGAAGCUGCUGGCGUGAACGAGGUCACAUCUCAGGCUGCUAAGCACAAGAAUCGAUUCUGGGCAAGAUUCGGAACAGGCAGACCCAAGGAAGAGGAGGCCGGUGCGACCGAGGUCAUGUCUCAAGCUACCAACCCUAAGACUGACGUAUGA